AUGGCAUCCUACAUCGCCAACGAGAAGGUACACAAAAACCCCUUCUUACUGAUCCCAUCGGACAUGGAUAUGAACCCAGUCCGCCUGAUUCUGGAAGACCUCGUGUCGGUCCUCAGGCUGGACAAAUUGUUGAUAUACAUUAUGACCCUUCACAGUCCAUGUCCAUCAGGGCCAUUGGAUGAGCUAUAUCCCAAUUAUCCCAAUCUCCAAGAUAUCACUCUUCACGCCAUUCUCGUGGCUUUUCAGAGCCUGCUCCUGCUUGCUUCUGUUGUAUUCCUUUUCACCUUCUGGUUUCUCCCCGGUAUCUUUCCGGGAGGGUUGGUCCUCAUAGCCUGGGCUGUUACUGUGGCAAUAUUACGACUGCUAAACGGACAGCCGUCAGCCGACUGUCAGGUCGGGGUGCCCGAGAACGGCAUCUCUCCAGUCAACGAUAAAUCGGAAUUGUGGUUCUUUAUCAAUGGGAUCUGCACUGGACGAUCGUGGUUGCAAUCGAAUCUAACCUUGCUGGCCAAUACCUUCCAUCGGGAGAUAGUCGGCAUUCAUAAUCCAUCGAAGGGUUUGAUUCUAGACCUCUUAGAAAGCCUCAUUCAACGCGACCUCGACUACAAGACCCGGGACAUCCGACAAGGGAGGGCCCAGCUUCGGUCAGCGCUACGAGCCUCGGAAACACGCAAAGUCGUUCUGAUAGCCCAUUCCCAGGGCGGUAUCGAGGUAGCUUCCAUCCUGGAUUGGCUGUAUGGGGAGCUCGCCAACGAGACGCUGCGAAAGCUGGAGAUCUAUACUUUCGGCAAUGCGGCCAGGCACUUUCGCAACCCCUACCUACGAGAAGAUAGCGAUGAUCCCGUAAUUCAGCACAUCGAGCAUUACGCCAACAAGAAUGACUUUGUGGCGAACAUUGGCGUGCUGCAGUGCACAUCCCCGACGGCCAGGUACGCCGCGAACGACCUGUUUUCGGGAAAGGUGUUUCAACAGGACCGAAGUGGCCAUCUGCUGAAUAUCCACUACCUCGAUACCAUGUUUGGCGAGAACCAUGAGUUCAUGGAUACCAAGGUUCAAGCACGCGGGUUUUUACGGGAAGAACCAGGUGCUAGCCUCUCAUGGACAUCAAUCAUGGACCUUUCACGGUUGGCGAAAUACCGUAAUGGGAAAAGCCCGGAGGGCCGAGUGGAUGUCUGCUGUGAUGUCAAUGGUAGAUGACUUGAAGGCUUAAAACUAAUGUGGCGCUAUGAAGGGAUGACGCUCGGAGGUCCGUCGACUGUUCAAAUUUGCCACUAUCGGCCUGUAUUAACAGGUAUGGCAUACUCUACCAAAAUCUUCAUGCUGAUCCUUGGAAUUAGGCUAGGGUGCUGCCCUACCGAGGUCAGGCUGCUUCGACAUGUCAUGACGUCAAUAUCUAUAGUCUUUUUAAUUUCUAAUGGAACGUUCGCCAUUAAAGAUAAGAGAUUUACUAGUUUCCAAUAGCCUCUGGAUAUAAGUCAGUUGGUUAAAACACUUUGACGUUGGUUCUAUCACGUGGUUCACUCAUGGUGGUUGUUGGCAUAUACUGUUGUCGACGUGCUUUAG